GACAGAUUACUCUUGAUUCCCGAUUAGACUAGAUAACUGACAGUCUGUCGUGGGGUAUGGUGAGCUGAAACAUGCGGAGCUUGUCUCUUUUGCAAUUUCAGUUCAGGAAAAUAUCUCGCAAAAUCCUGUUUUCGUGCUACAGCACAGCUCCUAACCUAUCAGAAAAUGGUGACAACUUGGCAACUGACAGCUUGACGGAGGAAGUAAGUUUCCAAGGUUACAAUGGCCCUCUGGCGGCAUAUCUGUCAAAGAUUGAGACUGGGGAGCUGAGGAGGGAUGAGUAUCAGAGAGAGGUGGUGUCGUCCCUAGAGGACCUGCAUCUGCAGCUCAAGAACUACAAACCUCAGGCACAGAAUGCCUCCUGGUUGCAGAGUCUAGGAUUUGGUACCCAGCAGCAAGUGUCAGCUCCAAAGGGCCUCUACCUGUAUGGAAGUGUUGGAUGCGGGAAGACAAUGCUGAUGGACAUGUUCUACCAUACGUGCUCAGUGAGGAGGAAACAACGCGUCCACUUCCACAAGUUCAUGCUGGAUGUACACAGACGAAUCCAUGAGCUGAAACACAGCCAGCCGAAACACAGGAACGUAAAGAGGUCCCAUGCCUUCGACCCUAUAGCUCCUGUGGCCGAUGAGAUCAGUGAAGACACCUGGCUGUUGUGUUUUGAUGAGUUCCAAGUGACGGACAUUGCUGAUGCCAUGAUUCUGAAACGACUGUUCACAGAACUGUUUGAAAAUGGCGUUGUUGUUGUAGCAACUUCAAACAGACAUCCAAAUGAUCUCUACAAGAACGGCCUACAGCGUGCAAACUUUGUGCCUUUCAUAGGGAUAUUGAAGAACUACAGCAGCGUGGUGUGUCUGGACUCUGGUGUUGACUAUCGUAUGAUGACGCUUCCGGCUGAAGGAAGGACGUAUUUCAUAAAGUCAAUGUGUGAUAGCCAGUUUGAAGUUGACAGAGUGUUUGAAGAUCUACGCAAGAGCCAGAAUGCCAUUAUACGUCCUCGAACUCUGAGAAUCCUGGGCCGGGACCUGAAGCUGCCGGUGACGUGUGGUCGAGUUCUGGACUCAUCAUUCAGCCAUUUAUGCCAGACUGCACUAGGGGCUGUAGACUACCUCCGCAUCAGCCAGGAGUUUGACAUCGUCAUCAUCCGAGACAUCCCCACAAUGACCCUGCAGAACAAGACUGAGGGCAGGAGGUUCAUCACGCUCAUAGACACUUUCUAUGAUAAUAAGGUGAAGGUGGUUUGUUCUGCUGAAGCUGAGGCCAGGCACCUGUUCUCCGCUGGGACUCUCAGUCAGCGGGAUGAGCUGGCAAACAUGGCUCUCAUGGACGAUCUCGGCAUCCAGGCAACUUCGGACAAGGCCAAGUCCAGCAUCUUCACAGGGGAAGAGGAACUGUUUGCGUUUGACCGGACAGUGUCCAGGCUGACCGAGAUGCAGACCGAGGAGUACUGGAACCACGACAGGGCGCUCACACAGGAACGUGGGAAAACUCGGACAUUCACAGAGAAUGCUGGGAAAGAAGGCAUUCACAGUUUAUGAUGAUUGUUGGUUUUAGUUAAGGAUUGUUUUACAAAAACGGAUACACAUAAUUAAAAACGUUAAGCCUAGUUUGUGUGAAAGGUGUAUAUGUGUGAUAAAGAGAGCUUUUAAUACAUGUUAAUAUGUGUUUAGAUUUGAAUGCUUUUAAUGAGAAGAGAUCUACAAUAAGUUAUCUUAGUGAGGUUUAUGAUUUGUAUGAAACUUACUAAGAAGUUUGUACAUAGGGGCUACUGUUUUUGUAGUUACAUUACUGCAGGAAUUUAUCAAGGAAUUUAAUCUAAGUGCCCAUGACAGUAUGAGGUGCAAUGAUAAGCAUAGGUCGUAGUUAAUAUGUAUUCUGAUACGAUGGGUGUGAUCCUGAUACAGUACUUAUAUUACAUAGGUUGAUAUACUUUAUUUUUUGCAGGUGAAUGACAACCCUGAAUUAUUUGCUUUUGAAUUUGGAAUUUCAGAGAUCAAAGAUGGGAUAUUGUGGGGCAAAAACAUAUAGGUGAGAAGGCAGUCUGACUGUUAUGUUAGUUAUAGCCAACCAGGAAAUACUAGAGAAUCAGUGUAAGCUGGCUGUUGAACAGGUUUGUUUAGCAUUUUAAACAAUUUUAAACAUCUGUUAUUAGUCACCUAAUUUUACACCAAAAUAACUUGUAAUGUAGUGUAUCAUAUGUAUCACGAUACAUUGAAGAUACAGUGAGUUUAUCCCCUAAAAACAAAUAUUGAAGGUUAUGUUUAGUACAACUCAUAAUUAUCACAGUCACUAUAUCACCGCGGUAUCGAUAAAUCUCAUAAUCCACACCCUGUGUCAACUGCUUACUUCUACAAAUCUAAGCAUGAUAUUUCAACGCUUGAUUGAAAAUAGGACUCAUUGUGAUAUGUCACGGCUACUCGUAAGUGUACGUGUUUACUAUUUCAUGAUAAGUUUCUGGAAUGUUUUUGAAGUGGAAUUACCCCUACCUCCUUUAGAAAUUGGUUAGAAAAGAACCCAUUUGAUUAAAUGAAGUCCCUUGACCUAACCUAGGUCAUAUGCAUACUGAUUAUGUAUAAUCCAAAACAGGAAGUGAUGUAAACCACAUUCUCCAGACGUAUCACACUACAAAAUAGUGAUACCGUGAUAAUAUAGAGUUGCCUGCCCUUUAGGUGCUAACGACAGGUACCUUGCUUAUAGUCAAGAAUAUAAGCGUCGAUCAAUCCUAAUUGAUAUGUCAUAAAAGUUGAACAGAGAACAAGAAACAUUUUGUGCAUGAAAUAUUUAAUAGGUUAGUAAGAAUUCACCAUUACGAUCCAUUAUAACGUAACUAAUGCUAUACUAUAGCUUACCAUGCUAUAUAUUUUCUUGUAAGAAGACUUUGUUCUUCUGAGGUUAUCAAUGGCCAGAGAGUACUGAUACGUACAAUGCACUUGAUCAAUUAUAAUUUGAAAAGUGACUUUUAUUGUUGUUACUUUUAACAUUUCGAAUACAUGAGAGACAGAUCUGUCAGGUUAAUGAAAAUACAUUUAUACAUUUCAUUGUAUCAUUUUAGUUAUGAAUACGAUAGCCUGAAUUGAAAAGUUUUAAGUCUGUUUUAUGAAUGUUUGCUGUAGACCUCGGUGAGUAUGCUGAUGUCUGAAAGACACAGGUAACCAUCCCUGUAACCACCGACCUGUCAAAUCCAUGCUGUAGAAAUAAUGAAUAGGCCAUGCAUCACUGUGAUAAAGAUGUGUGGGUGUUUAGCGGAUAGUGUUUGUAGUGCAUUAUGGAGAGUAUAACACAACUGUUUGUUAAUAUGAAGUACGGGUACCUGAUGCUUUGCAUGUUACUGUUAUAAUGAUGUAGCAUAUCAUUGAUGAUAAGUUGAAAUUGGCGACAACAGAUUUCUCUUCUCUUGGUUUGUAGAAAUCAUCGAGUUAUGUUUUUGUUUAUGUUGAUGUACUGGUGGUUAUGAUAUGUUACAUUUGUAGUUAAUGAAUUUAUAGAUUACUGUUGGCAUGGGUAGCCUUGAAGUAAACUAAAGCCACCAGGAUUCACUCAGCAGAGUUGCAUCCCUUAGUUUAGCCUGGAUCUGCUGAUCAAGUUUGAAUCCUGAUUAUGAUCCUUGGUUUGUAAGCACCACACUUGUGCCUGUGGUGUUCUCUUCCACAGUGAGCUGUCAUGCUGCAAUAGUGCUGAGAUACUUGCAAAGCAGCCAAACUCAAUCACUCACUCCAAAUGGUACAGUAUACAAGGAGUUAAGGGUUUUAGUAGAUCAGAACACAACUAGACUACCUAUACGUUUUAGUCUAGUGGGGAUAGACACGGCCACUAGUCUGUUAAUCCUAGACCAGUAACAAUACUAGACAUACUAGUUGUUUUAACCGAAAUCUAUUUAUUGUACAUAAUCGCUAGUCUGAAUGAACUGCGGACUAGUUGGAUAUGACCAAUAGUGUCUAUCUCUGACAUGUGUGAAACGUUUAUGACUAAGAACAUAAUUCAUAUCUUAAAUGAUUGUAAAAAAUCAUCAAUGAUUUCUGAAACAAACACAGAGCCAUCUUCCCGAGGCAAGGGAGUUAACUGACUGUAAGAGUCCAGUUUCUACCCUUACCGAACUAGACUGGAAGUUCUGGACUAGCGAUACCAGUGGUUAUUACGAGUUUAGUCCCUUCUAUGUCCCUCCUAUUGACCAAUCAGAUUCCACCUCUCAUAUCAUUUGUAUUUGCUUCAAACCAAAUUGCGGCGCCACGUAGAGACGAUCUGAUUGAUAAUCGAAAUAUAUAUUGUGAUAAAACAUAUCUUUCUUCGUGAAGUGUAUCAAAUCAUGUGAGCACCUUGAUUAAAAACAUGAAAAGAUUUGGAAAAUAUUUGUUGACCCCCGAGUUGGUGCUACACAUGUUUUGCAAAUCCUGCAAUCAAACGAAAUCUGCACAGCAGUUUACGAGGAUGUCGAUUUCGUAACGCGACUUUUAUUGGACUCGUUAGUCCAGCCCCCCAAAACCCUACAUAAUUCUAGCCCAGUUCGGCAAGGGUGGAAACUGGACUUUUAUAGCCUCGGAAGUGAUACAGAACAGGGUUUCCUCAAACCCAGAACCAACUUACCCUUACCUGAUGUCUUGCUUCACUGCAGAAAAGGUGGGAAAAGCUUUUAUUUGUUUCCCAUGCUGCAUGGUCAGUUUGUGCCACAUAACACCACUGUGUAGAUUCUGCUCAAUCAAAACAACCACAACCAAUGACCACUGUGACUAUAUUGAUGGCACUGCUAUAUUCAGCUGCAUCAACCACCAGCAUCAGCAGCCAGGAAACGACAAGGGGCACGUGUAGCCCAUCCAUCUACGCCGCCACAAUUAUUUGUUCAGAGUUGCUUCCCUUGGGCACACCAGAAACCUAUGAUCAUGUGGUCGAAUCCUGGUUCGCCCUCAGUGUUUCUGGGUUCGUGUCUGCAGCAUACAGGUGCUUGUAGGAUUCACCGAAGCGGUUAACGUGUAAGACUGCAUCAUUUCAGGCGUUACUCCCACAUCAAGCUGACAUGCCAUGAUAUGACUGGAAUACUGCUCAUAGCAGCAUUAAACCCAGCUCACUCACUCACCCAACUAACACAAGAAACAACUAAAGCCACAAAUGAAUAAUUUGUUCAAUACAAUAUUGUUUAAAUUGCAUUAUAAUUCAUUUUGUGAAAAAGCUGUCACUUGAACCCUUAAUAUGUAUCCAUGGGUGGUGAUUUGUGGCAAAUAUUCUCGGACAAUGUUAGGAUGCAUCAGUCAUUGAGAGGAACAACUGGUGAGAUGGGUCAAGUUACAUUCUGAGAAAGUCAAGUCUUGCUAACAUCCCUUAGCAUAUGUGACCAACCAUGAGAUAAGGGACAUUAUGGGUGAAAAAUCACAUUUUGACUUUUCAUUAUAUGUUAACACAACAGCAUCUUCGGAAAACAAAAGUAUAAUUCACAAGCUUCAAUUCAUAUUUAAUACUGAGAUACAUGACAUCACACAUGGCGAUCUUCACUGAAGUAAGUGGAUGUCAAACGUCAUAAGAGGUCACAGCAUAAUUGUAUCCAAGCACCCAUAAGGUCCCUUUUCUCCUGGUGGGUCUCACAGAUUAUAUGAUGUUGACCAAUAUAACAAUAAGUGAUAUCGCAGAGUACUGAAAGAAAUGUUUCAGGAUCACUGAUGGUACUGGGGUAGCCUAGUGGAUAAGGUGAUCGCAUUUUAUCCUGGGUUUGAUUCCCCACACGUGUACAAUAUGUGGAGCCCUGUUGUCUCUGACUGUGAUAUUGCUGGAAUAUUGAUAAAAGCACCAAAAACCUCUCUCUCACUUGUACUUGUGUGUCAAUUUGUUAAAUAUUUGUCUUGAUUGUAGGGUUGGGACGAGUCCAAAUUUAGUAUUCAGGUACCCACCCCUUUAUUACCCGACCCUGCCCGGGUACCCAAACCUUUAUUACCCGACGUUGCCCCGGGUACCCACCCCUUUAUUACCCGACCCUGUCCGGGCACCCACUGUAGGCCUCAAGAGUUGGGUACAUAAUCUCCGAUUGAGAACUGUUUUACCGCAGCGCUGGCAAAAACUAUGACAUGCACAUAUAAAACAAUCAGGCCAUGCAUACCCUGAAGUUUUAUCUUUAUUUAAGUCGGAGGGAUAGGGUGCCAAGUCAGAAAGAAAUGCGAACAUCAGUGACUUGUAGUGUAACCACAUAGGCAACUAUGCUUGUCGUAAGAAGCGGGAUCUGAUGGUCAGGCUCGCUGACUUGGUUGAUACAUGUCAUUGUAUCCCAAUUGCGUGCUUCGUGCUUUGAAUUCUCAGCUUGCCAGAUUGGAUCAUUUACAGGCUGCCAUUGUGUAACAGGAUAGGGCUGGAUGAGUCCAACUUUACUGCCUGGUUAGGUACCUGGUCCAGGUAGUCCUUCGGGUACCCGAACCCAUCUCAGUACCCACCCGACCUGAGUACCGAGUUACCCGUCCCAGCCCUAUAGAUGAAUAAUCCCUACCUUCUUGUAGCUCAUUGAUUAGUCUCUCAGCAUUACCAAUAUGGCCACAGGUAUCCAUAAGCUUAAGUAGAUAUCAUGAGCAUUUGUUCAUGACAUUUGAUUCAGCUACCACCAUUUGACCUCCAUGCAACCCCUGGUUUUAGCUCAACUGACUGAAAGUCAAGUAAGCUAAUGUCAUGGCCUGUUUGUCUGUCUACCGUCCUAAACAUAUUUCCCUCAGAAACCACCGGACCAGUGAACCACAAACUCGCAUGUUUGGUCCUACCGAUGAUGACCCCCCCCCCAAUUUGUUCAAGUGGUUUAGUAUGGCCAAUGAGUCAGUCAUAUUGUAAAAUCUAUUUUUUUGGCAUUACUCAGCCAUUUUGGUUCAAAAUGUAAUGAGCUUAGGUUCAUAUGUAGCUAGUUGUUGAGUUCAACAUGAGUAUUUCAUUUUUUUGGUGAUAUUCUAAAUUUUGACCUUGAUUUGACAUAUGCACUUUAGCCAUACGGAAAGCUGAAGAUCCGGGUUUUAGAAUUGGCCUUCAAAACACCCAUGCUUGCUGUAAAAGGCGACUAUUCUUGUCUUAAGAGGAGACCAGCGGAAUCGGGUGGUCAGGCUCGC